AUGUCAGCUUUCAGGAAUACCACAUCCCCUUCCAUCAUUUUCCUGCUAACUGGUGUUCCUGGGCUGGAAGCCUUCCACAUCUGGAUCUCCAUUCCCUUCUGCUUCCUCUAUGUAACUGCUGUCUCGGGAAACAGUCUGAUUCUCUUCGCCGUCACUACCCAGCCCAUCCUCCAUGAACCCAUGUACUAUUUCCUUUCUAUGCUGUCCACCAGUGACCUUGGUCUGUCCAUGUCCACACUCGUCACCAUGCUGGGCAUAUUCUGGUUCAAUGCCAGGGAGAUCAGCUUUAAUGCUUGCUUAUCACAGAUGUUCUUUAUUAAAUUCUUCACUGUCAUGGAAUCUUCAGUGCUGUUGGCCAUGGCUUUUGAUCGUUUUGUGGCCAUUUCUAAUCCCCUUAGGUAUGCCACCAUUUUAACUGACUCCAGAAUAGCUCAAAUUGGAGUGGCAGUUGUCCUCAGGGGGACCGUCAUGCUGACACCAAUGGUAGCACUUCUUAAAAGACUGUCCUACUGCCACAGCCAUGUGCUCCACCACUCCUACUGCUACCACCCUGAUGUGAUGAAGCUCUCAUGCACAGACACCAGAAUCAACAGUGCAGUCGGGCUGACUGCCAUGAUCUCUACUGUUGGCGUCGACUCAGUCCUCAUUCUCUUUUCUUAUGUUUUGAUCAUUAAGACCGUCCUCAGCAUUGCUUCCCCAGAAGAGAGGAAGAAAACCUUCAGCACAUGUAUCUCCCACAUUGUGGCUGUUGCUGUAUUCUACAUCCCAUUGAUCAGUCUGUCCUUUGUUCACAGAUUUGGGAAAGGAGCCCCAGCCUAUGCACAUACUAUGAUUGCUAACACCUACCUUCUGAUCCCUCCUGUAAUGAACCCCAUCAUCUACAGUGUGAAGACCAAACAGAUACGUAAAGCUGUGAUCAAAAUUCUCCAUUCCAAAGAAAUAUAA